CUAGAUCUGAUGGACUGAAAGCACUGUUUGGAAAGAAUUUCCAAAGCGACUUACAGUCCCAGUUACUUGCCUUUUCUUCGGGAACAGGACCACGGACUCUUGCCAACGACAAACCAGGCUCAGAAGAUAACGAAGAGGUUAGUUAAACAGGACCCUCCACUGACCUUUUGGAGACCGAAAAGAGUGGACCCAAAGAUGACAACGUGGGAGAGGAUGUGGCAUUGGCCUACACAGAAUCAGUCGAAAGGAACAAGCACGAUGAGGGCCACGAGAUCUCUUCACCUCGUGUACGACAAAUUAUGCUGAUAAAAGCACGAGCCACAACCAAAGCGACGAAAGGAGAUCUAAGCAAAGGGGUAGUCAUCCAAGAUCAAAACGGGGAUGAACUUAGACUUGACCACCGUAUCACAAGAGUAACUCUUCGUAACAUAUUUCACCAGAUAGGUAGAAAAGAGGACAAAUUUGGAAACGGUCAAUCUUACGAUCAAGAGAGAGAUGCUGAAUCUGGAAGCGUAGUUCGGUCAGAAACAGAAUCCAGUGGUUGGUGUACGGUUCAAAACGCAGAGCGUUCGAGCGAGCUUGAUGAAAGAGUCGCACAUGAAUUAGAAGCUGGAUCUAAGGACGAGUCAGAAUUCACAAGUAAGAAGACGGGAACGUCUGGAAAUCAAGGGAGUGGUGAUCUUCAGUUCUCUAGUGUCAAAGGGGCGAAUGUUGCCAAGCCUGUAGCAGAAUCAGCUCGUGAUAAGCCUACAAAAGGUAUUAUGAAAGGAGAGGGAAACAGUGGAAGUGAGGAGCUGCCAUUCGAUCCCAUACUCCUUUUCCAAGUAAGAAAUAUCAGAAAAAACGUCCUGAAGGCCGAAAAACAGGCAACUAUGGAACUAAAUAACGUCAGAAAGGAGUUCAGAGCUAAAAUGGAAGAUCUUCAAGAAGACCUGAAGAUGGUGAGAAAGCUGACAAGUAAUGUCCACAGGAAAGUUGGAAUUACAGUUAAACAGGCGCUUGCAAUGGCAAGACAAGCGAAGGCCAACGUAACUAACAGAUUGGUAAUGGCACUAAAAGCAGCAACAGCUUUAAAUAACAUUGAAAAAAAACUCGGAGUAGUUCAUACAAUCAACGCUUCCAGAAUACUUCGUUCAAAGAUUCCUCAGUUUCCAAAAUACGGCGAUGUCGCUCUCUACCAACAGCUCCUGGAAACCAACCAAAUCUUGACGAAGCUCGAUGGCGCCAAAUUCUUGGCGGUUGAUCGGGCAGAGAGGAGAUUUCGCAACGAAGAGGAGACAGGAAGCUCAAUAACACAAAAGGUGGAUUCGCUAAGAGAUGAACUCGCCUCCGCGGAAGAGGAACUCAGCGAGGAGACGGAUCGGGAAAUGGAAGAUGAGAGAGAGGCGCAAGAGAAGAUACAAGAGGCCGUGGAAAGGAACAAAAUUAUUGCAAAGAAGACGGCAUUUGCUCUAACGGCUAUUGAGAAUUAUUUAGAAAAGCUUCAGUUAGACGAAGCCAAGCUUAAGCGGUUCCAAUUUUAGCCAUUACGUAGAAACGUAUGCUAAGGUAAACUUGUUCCUUUCCCCAGUCUCUCUACCCUACACAAGUAAUAAGUGAAAUUUUAACCCUUCCUUCAAAUUAUUUGGAAGAAGUGUAUCCCUUGUUCGGUGACUAACACACGAGAGUUAAUGUAAUAACAGUGCUUUGCCCCUUGUCUUGUGCAUGUCUACAGAGUGCACGCGGAAUUCUCGAAAGGUAACUUGGGUACCUGGCUAUCUCUGAAAAUUUAAUGUCAAAUAAAUAUAAAAAAUCAUUCAACACACGAUCAUUCAUCCUCACUGCGAUGUUCUCUCAGAUUUCCCCGAAAUCUUGAGGUCAAAGAACUGUAACAUGAAACCUACCCACAUUACCUUUCCAGGAUGUCGCGUAAACUUCUAUGGUUUAUUUUCGACCUUUUCGAGACCUGAAUUCAACCGCAAAUGGUUUAAAAUAUCGUGUGUGCUGCGGCAAAGAUGACAAACAAUCGCAAUAUGGAUUCUGUUAUGUCCCCAAGCGUCACUAUAAUCGUCCUCAUAUACGAGUUCUUCUCCAACGUACUAGUUGUUUAAAGUACCUAUGACUUUCGCUUUGAGUUUUCCUUGUACAAUCUUGUGCAAUGAGACUCAGUUUUAUCCAGGAGGCAGGUACACAACAGACACCCUAGUGCUGAAGAGUGGUUUAUUUCAAAGUUAUACACAUUGUCUUUACACUAGAAUGGAUCCUUCGGACUAAAGUGGUCCUUGUUGAAUCAUAUGCAUACCUUUUAUUUCACAAUCCAUUAAUUCCUCGCUUACCAUAACCAGUAAAGUUUAAUGGUACCAUCUCUUUCUUUUACGUAAGAAAUCUCGAAAAGUGGAUGUAAAAUACGAAUGUACACAAUUGCAUUAAAGUUCUUGUCAAGUCUU